AUGGCAGCUAAAGGGACGGGAAUCUUACCUCUGAGAUAUGUUAACGGUGUACCCGUCCCGCAGGCUCGUCGCACUUUACGGUUGCGGGAGAAAUAUAUAAUUUUAUUGGUGUUUAUGACAUUCACAACGGUGUGUACGUGCGCGUUUUUAUUUCUUCCAAAUUUGCAGGAUAAAGUUUCGAUGGAUGAGGUCCGUAAACAGUUCCAAGGCGCUGAGGGAAUGUUUUUACUGCAAGCUAGACUCGGUCCUGACGGUGCUCCGUUAGAUACGGGAAAACUUCUUCGGCACGGCGACGAGGCAAACGAUCCUCACAAUGUUGACGAUAAAAAAAAACUUCAGUCGAAGAUCGUGACUGCUUGGGAGCAGGAUAAGUUAGAUAAAGGAAUACAAGAAAUGCACGUGAAACCUGAAGAUGCGGGCAAACUCAUAGAAAGCAUUCAAAUGGAAAAAGACAUUAUUUUAAGAAAAAAGAAAGAAGAGGACGAGAAGAAGAGACAGCAGGAACUUGAGGAAGCAAAGAAAGUGAAUAAAGAUCAUGAGGGGCACCCGGGAGCUCGUGGAGGAGAGCCUACAGAUCUUGAUGUCAGAGCAAAACGGGACAAAGUGAGAGAGAUGAUGCUCCAUGCUUGGCAUGGCUACGUGCAGUAUGGAUGGGGAGCUAAUGAACAUAGACCCAUCUCCAAGCAAGCUCACUCGGGCAGCGUCUUUGGGGCUGGCAGCCUGGGGGCAACCAUCGUGGAUGCUGUGGAUACUCUGUAUAUCAUGGAGCUGGAUGAUGAGUACCAGAAGGCAAGAGACUGGAUAGCCCAGAGUCUCAAUUUUGAAAUUUCAGCUGAUCUGUCCGUGUUUGAGACAAAUAUUCGGUUCAUUGGAGGCCUUCUAUCUACGUACGCUCUUACUGGAGACCAGAUUUUUAAAAAAAGGGCCAAAGAAAUAGCUGACAAACUAUUGCCUGCCUUCAACACACCGACUGGGCUGCCCCUGGCUAUCAUCAACCUGAAAACGGGAUCAUCACGUAACUAUGGUUGGGCAUCUGGGGGCAGCUCUAUAUUGUCUGAGAUUGGAUCCCUACACUUAGAGUUUGACUACCUGUCUGCUGUGACAGAAAACAGUAUAUACAGAGACAAGGUUAUGAAAAUAAGGACAUUCCUCAAAGAAAUAGACAAACCUGGUGGCUUUUACUCUAAUUACAUUCACCCCAAAACUGGGAAAUGGGGACAGCAACAUGUGAGUAUCGGGGCCCUCGGGGACAGUUUCUAUGAGUACCUGCUGAAGGAGUGGCUUAUGUCCAACAAGGAGGACACAGAGGCCAGGCAGAUGUAUGACCAGGCUAUGCAGGUUGUUUAUGAUAAGUUACUAGUAAAGUCACCAGGAGGUUUAUCUUAUUUUGCGGAGUACAAAUCUGGCAGACUUGAGCAUAAGAUGGACCAUCUGGCAUGCUUUUCUGCCGGCAUGGUUGCACUAGGGGCAGAAGGAUCUGAUAACCAAACCAAAUAUGUGAAUAUAGGAGAGGAUUUGGCUCAUACAUGCCAUGAAUCCUAUAUACGUUCAGCCACGGGGCUGGGCCCAGAGUCGUUCAGGUUUGAGGGCAUCACGGAAGCCAAAGCCAUCAGACAGAAUGAGAAAUAUUACAUCCUGCGUCCAGAAGUGCUGGAGGGCUGGUACUACAUGUGGCGGCUCACCAAGAAACAGCAGUACCGCGACUGGGCCUGGGACAUGGUGCAGGCUUUAGAGAAACAUUGCCGUGCGGAAGCCGGGUACAGCGGCAUCCGAGAUGUGUACCAGGAGAAACCCCAGCAAGACGAUGUUCAGCAGAGCUUCUUUCUGGCGGAGACGCUCAAAUAUUUGUACCUCAUUUUCUCCGAGGAUUCCUUACUGCCCCUGGACAAAUGGGUCCUCAACACCGAGGCUCACCCACUUCCUGUGCGGGGUGUCAACCCGGCAUCUAUGAAGUAA